GCUGGCAAAGAUAAUCUACGUACCAUAAAUAAUUAUUGUCCACCAUCAUCUUCAUCAUUCAUCAUUCAUCACUCUCAAGUCAAGUCAACUACCUUUCUUAAUUUCCUCCUCAAACCAAACCAAACCACUCAUUCACUCAUGGCUGCUAGAGAUAUUCUUCAUAAGAUGAAGGAAAAAGUUGGAUUUGGUUUAUCAGACCCUGAUUCAGGGAAAGGAAAGAGCAAGAUGUCGAAACACAUAACUCACGGAUUUCACUUGGUAAAGGGAAGAUCAUAUCAUGAAAUGGAGGAUUAUCUUGUUGCUAGAUUUAAGCAAAUUGAUAACCAUGAAUUAGGCUUGUUUGCAAUAUUUGAUGGCCAUGCUGGUCACAAUGUACCUAACUACUUGCAGUCUCAUUUGUUUGAUAAUAUCUUAAAAGAGCCUGACUUCUGGACAGAACCUGUAAAUGCUGUCAAGGAAGCGUAUAGUAUAACCGAUUCUAGUAUUUUAGAGAAGUCAGGUGAAUUGGGAAGAGGGGGUUCCACAGCAGUUACCGCAAUAUUGAUUGAUGGUCAGAAGUUAGUGGUAGCCAAUAUCGGGGAUUCUCGGGCUGUCUUAUCAAAGAAAGGUGUGGCCAAACAACUGUCAGUGGAUCAUGAACCAACCACAGAACACGAGGAUAUAAAAAAUAGAGGUGGUUUUGUAUCAAGAUUUCCAGGGGACGUUCCACGAGUUGAUGGACGGUUGGCAGUGUCGAGGGCAUUUGGUGACAAAAGCUUGAAGAAACACUUGAGUUCAGAGCCAUAUGUGACAGUAGAGAAGAUAAGUGAAGAUGCAGAAUUUGUUAUAUUAGCCAGUGAUGGAUUGUGGAAGGUAAUGUCAAAUCAAGAAGCAGUUGAUUGUAUCAAAGAUAUAAAGGAUGCUCGGUCGUCAGCAAAGCGCCUCACUGAAGAAGCAGUUAACAGGAAAAGCAGCGACGAUAUCUCUGUCAUUGUUGUGAAACUUCAGUGAUCACAAUUCACAAGACUCAUUACUUUGAUCAAUAAACAUCCAAGUGUAACAUAUACCUUAUGUAAUAAUUUAUUAAGCUUAAUAGCCAUAAGAUGGUAUUAUUUUGCUGAGUCCUUCAUACAAACCAAGUGAAGAAAUGCUUUAUUUGAAGACAAUGUGAGAAAAGGUGUAAACUACAUUUUAACUUUGUGUGUAUAUUAGGAACUUUGGUCAAAAUAUCAAUGAUCUUUGGAAGACCAUUUGCAGAUACUUUGCUAUAAAAGUUUGGUCCAUAUGAGUGAUCUA